UGGUUGAUUCUCGGCCCCAGCGCAAGAUAUAAGUUUCAGAGUCGAAACCUCGAAAACCAAAUCUCAACUCUGUUGCCUCCAAUUUGCAAACACGAAGCGUCAGAACAUUGGAGAGGCUGCAAUUCUUCGAUUUCGCGGACAAAGACCAGCACGCUACAGCCACCAAACAAGAAGCGAACAUCACACCAUGGUAUCGCCAGGAAAAGUGGACGUUCACCACCACUUUAUUCCGCCUGCCUAUGAGGAAGCACUAUUUGUUUCUGGUGGGGACCCCUCAGGUUGGAAAAUCCCCAAGUGGUCAUUGCGCAACAGCCAAGUGCUCAAUUCGCGGCUGGACACCACCACGACCAUUCUUUCCAUUACUGCUCCAGGCGCUGAAAUCCUUCCCGAUCGCGACGCGAGCCGUCGUCUUGCGCGCGAGCUGAACGAAUAUGCGGCGUCAAUCCGCGAUGCGAAACCUCGGGAAUUUGGAUUCUUUGCGACUUUGCCGUCUCUGCGCGACCAAGAAGGUGCCAUGGCGGAGAUACACUAUGCGCUAACCAUUCUCAAAGCGGAUGGAAUUUGUCUGUACACAAGCUACGGACCUCGCGCACAUGAGGAGGACAUUUUUCGCCCUCCAAUCCUGACCAAACCCGAUCCCGAAGAGUCCAAGCAUUAUUAUCUAGGACAUGCGUCUUUUCGGCCGAUUUGGGAGCUUUUGUCUAGUUUUCAAGCUGUAGUAUUCAUUCAUCCGACUCAUCCUCGAGACACAACUUUGGUAAAUCCUCUGCUUCCGCAGCCCAUGAUGGAUUACCCGCACGAAUCGGCUAGAUCAGCCGCCGACAUGAUUCUGACCGGGACAAAGCGCGGUCCGGCCUCCGGAUGCAAGAUAAUCUUGUCGCACGCUGGAGGCACCUUGCCCACACUUAUCGAGCGAGUGGGCAUCAUGCUGCCUAUCGUCUUUCCAGACGCGAGGAUACCGGUUGCAAGCGCUGCUGGCGCGGUCAACGCAGAGCAUGCCGAAUACUCUCAAAAAGUGUCCCGCGAACAGGUUGAAGAAGAUGCAAAGUCUUUUUAUUUUGAUCUUGCCUUGUCAGGCACGUCAAACAUUCUGGAUUCCUUCCUCAAAUGGGCACCUCACGACCGAAUCUUGUUCGGCAGUGACUACCCAUAUGCGCCCGCUGAAUCCAUUGGGCGCAUGACUCAAAGUUAUGAAAAGUAUGGGAUGAGUGAUGAGCUGAGGAGAAAGAUUGAUAGAGCAAAUGCGGAGAGGGUGUUCAGGCGAUUCGAAUAGGUUACCGGAUAAAGCAAGAAUGAAUGCCGUGCCCAGUCUUCAAUAUGUAGUAUAUAUCGAGCCGUAUAUGCGCUCGUGUUUUAUAACCUGUUUGGUGUAGUGGUCCUCGUCCGACGCACAUAGUUAUUUCAAAGAUGCCACCGUCAUACGCAGAACGCAAACGAUCGCGAUUUCUAACACAUUUCAAAUAAAAUAAAAACUGGUGCAAUAACCUAAAAAUCGGUGCAUUGGUUGGUUGCUAUAUGGCCAAAUAAAUGCGUCAUAAAAUUGCGAACGAGAUAGAAGAUAGAGAAAGAGCAAACCAUGGCUACACAAUGAUCCAGCAUUGACCAUAUUAGAAG